AUGCUUCUGGGUGCUCUGUAUGCUACCAGCGCUUGUGUAAUGUUCGGUACCACAGUCUACUUUGCUGUGAAGAGAGGCGAGACUUUCGAGGCUGCUCAACGCAUCUCUGGUCCAGUUUCUUUCAUUGUCAAGUACUCUAGGAACGGAGAGCCUGUCAACCUCUAUCUUCGGCUGGGUCUUGCUCGUAAGUUUCGGCAUUCUUCGGUUUGCAGCAUUUUUUUAGAAAAAUUUAAUUUACCCUAUAACGCCCAAAAUAUUUUUGUGCACUCGUGCGUGUCUCACGGCAGAUCACCGAUCCGCUGCCAACGUGAUGAGUUAAGGCAGUAUCAGGAGACGGCUAAAGGCGUAUUGAACAUGUUUCAAACGUCAAUAGCGCCUUCUGUUAGAAGUCUAGUGCCAAUGGAGCUUGUUUUGAAAGAGGACCAUACAGUCCCAAAGGGUGUUAGUGGGUGA